AUGAUGCGUUUGAUAUUGAGUUUGACAUUAUUACUAUGUGCACACAGUAUAGCCGAUGAAAUAAAAGAUGCACCAAUUGAAGAAAAUAACAUCACAGUGUACGAUGUAUCUGACAAAUUAGUCCAUUUCCUCGGUGUUGACCAUGAAAAGGAAAGAAUCAAAGAUCUAAAAGAAAAACUCGAUACAAUCGGAGUAUAUGUAGUAAACCAUAAUUUGGUGGCAAACGUUCUAAAAAAUGUGACAAACGAAACAAAAUUGAAUGAAACUAACUUCUACCACGCACUAAAUGAGAAUGAUCAUUUCUCAUUUUUGUCUGCGAAUGAUACGAAAAAUUUGUAUCUAAAGUUGAAAGAAAAGAUGACUCGUGAUGAUAUUAUGAAGAUCCUUGCAGAAAAGGGUGGGAGGAAGAAAUUGGUGAAGUCAGCACGAAGGAUGAUGCAACAAGAGAUCCCUGAACAUUCGCAUGAAGAACAGAUUAAUGAUGUAGUUGAUAAACUGUUAGCUGAAGUACCAAAUGACGGUCACAAAAUAAAGAAAAAUGAUAGUCACUUGUGGGAUCCUCAAGGCGAGUUAGAAGAGAAAAAGAGUUACCAUGAAAACAAGCGCAGCGGCCGCCGAAUCUUCAAGGGAGAGAGGACAAACAUCAGACUCUAUCCGUUCAUGGCUUCUGUUCAUCUGAUGGGCAGAUUCUGGUGUGGAGCAGUUCUGUACAGCAAAGAUCUGAUGAUCACUUCUGCUUCUUGUUUACAGUUGAUGCAUAACAACCGGUUCUUCCGUGAAAACCCUCGAGUAUUACAAGUAAGGAUUGGCAGCAACCACAGUCGGAUAGGAGGAGAAAUGAUUGAUGUAUUGAUGGUGUACUUCCAUCCUGGCUACAACCCAAGGACACUAAAAUGCAACUUGGCAGUGCUGCGUCUUCGUCGUCAAAUACUCUUCACUCACCAUGUCCUGACAAAGAGCAUUCCCAUUGCAUUAGAACCCCACACCCCGCCACCAACUGCAGAAGUUCUGGUGCUGGGUUGGGGAGUUACCAAGAUAUCACAAAAGAUGGCGUACGAGCCGAUAUUCUUGCAGAGGAAGAUAUUACCUGUGUAUCCCAAUUCCUUUUGUAAGGAGGUGUAUGGAGACAAGUUCAUUACGGAGACCAUGUUUUGUGCAGGCACAUUCACGACGGGAGAAGGUGCUUGUGAUCAUGAUGCAGGUGGUCCAGCAAUAUUAUCAGGUCGGCUAGUAGGAGUUAUAUCAUUUGGACCAGCUGUCUGUGGGUAUGCGGAUGCACCCACAGUAUUCACUCUAGUCGGUGCCUACUCUGACUGGAUUGAAUCUGUCAGCGAAUCAAUGGCAGGAUACUACACAGGCGGGGCUCGCUCCACAACAACUACAAAAUCGCCACUCGGCGAAUUCAUCGCCACAUACAAAGUUGGAAAAGCUGGUCGUGCCAAACCUACAUUCUUUGGUCCAUUGACGUUGCCAACUCAAGUAGUUAUUAAUACGACUACGACAGCUAUGACAACUACUACAGAAACUACAGAUGUCAGUCCUGCGACAGGGUUGAGAGGGGGUUACGAGUCUGAUGGCUGGAGUAUUGAUGUCAAUAAUAAAUAAUUUACCGUU